UAAGAAAUAUCUACUUUACAUUCGUGCUUUUGUUAAAAAAAAAAAAAAAGACAGAAAGAGACAUGUAACGUUUUUAAUUAACCCUUGAAAUAUUUAUAACGUAAAGACUGUUUCUACCAUUCUGCUUUUAGUCAGUAAUUUAAAAUUAUUUUGAAAAAAAAACUUAUUAACAUACUAAUCAAUCAACACCACUAGGACUCCGGAAGAUUAUACGAUGUAAAACGAGCAAUGCAAUCUACUAUUAAUUUCGAUAGGCGCUCAUUAUAACAAUAAAUCUUUUAAAUGGAAAGCGUACAUUUUAUGAAAACGCAGAUGACACUAAAAACACAUUUCUAGUUGUAAUAAAAAAGAAAUUGCUAAACGAUUGCUAUGGUUUUUGGAUACCUUUCUUAUGAUAAGAAUGAUAUUUUUGUCCUUUUUUCUAGUUUCCAUUUCAAUAGUGUGUCUGCUAUUUUUUUCUGACGUUUCCGGUACCAGGGAGAUAUAUUUGGCGUCAGCUACAUGGGACCUUCACUAUUCAUUAUAGUGAGAGCCAAUGUGAACAUGGGAAUCAGACUGCUUCUGUUUAGCCUCCUCCUUCUCAGCAACCCCGAGUUUUCAUUGUGUUGCGAAUGUUUUCCAACCCAUAUACAAACGGAUUUUUGUGCUGCUCUUUUCGUCAUUAAAGCCAGGGUUCACGCGCAAGAAGAGCCCCAGUCUUCAGAUGGAUUUGAUUACUGGCUACGAUAUCAAGUCAACAUUUCUACGAUUUUCGAGGGUCAGCAAAUAUUCCUUCUUACAAACAGAGUUUUAAUCAGUACCCCUGGCCCCCUGCAAUCCUGCGGUCCACAGCUACUGAAGACAGGCCAGGAAUACCUCAUCUCUGGGUAUAAAGAAAAUUCCACUCUACGAGUAGCACCGUGUGCUGGAGUAAAGUUCUGGACGGAUGAUUAUGCAGAGAUAAUAAGCAAUAUUAAGUGUGGUUGCAAGAUUUACACCCCCAGGACAUGGAGUAUUCCGAAUCUUGAACCGCCCCCGCCCAAGACUGAUGAGCUUUGUAUUGCUCCGAGCAGGGGCACCUGCAGCUUCAAAUGGGGAGUUUGUAAAAAGGACGAAAAUGACGUAUGUCAUUGGAAACUGAUCAAACUGUGUUAGACGAGACACGGAUUUCUGUGUGAUAGGACUCAUAAACCAGCAAUCACGUAUCAAUUGGUCAACGAGUAUUUAGUUUGUUUAUAUGGCGACCGUCGUAGCGUUUGAUACUGUUUAUCAUUUAGCCACAUUUAUCGAUAUCAAACCCCCUGAAAUGUAUACCCAUCAAGUAUACAUGUAAUAUAUUAAUAUAUGAAUGAAAUUCUUUCCAAGGUUUGAAAAGUAGAAGUGCAUUCGAAGAACACAAAUGAAAAUUGAGGGGGGGGGGGUACUUUACCGGCAAUAUUUAAUGUGACCCCUUCCGUUAGCCAAGUAAAAUAUGUUGCCCCCUGCACACCACGGGUGGAGGAAAUAGGAUUUUGAGCCGGAUCUAAAUAUCACAAUUACAUUUAUUUCAAAACACAUUUUCGACCUAAAAAACAGUACAAUAUACACAAAGAGCAAUAGUUGUGCGUGAUUUAAAACGUUUUGUGUAACCAGGCGUGUACUGUGUGUACAUGUCCCUCAAAUUCAAAGCACUGGAUGUACCACAGACUAGCAAAGUUACAUGAAUUUCCCUAGCAGAGCACUAUAUAUGCUUGAAUUGUAUGUUAGUAACAGUACCAUUUAUGUAAGAGACGCGCGUACGGUUAACAUACUAGUCUGGUCGGGUCCCCUGGUACAUUGUACAUAGAAAACACGUUAUACUGUUCUACACUGAAAUUGAGGCAAUCCUAGAAUUUUAUUGUGGAGAUUUUCGUUAUGCAAAAACAGCGAAAAGAAAGUUUUCACUUCAAUUUUAUUGCCGGAAAAGUACUAUUUAAUGAAUACCGGAAAUGUAAAGUAUAAAAUGUCGGAAAAGAUUUUUUUAAAAUACCGUUAAUGAAAUGCAACAGACUUGGUUGUUAAUGAAGUCGUUCGCCAUAUAAAACAAUCACAGUUUAGUCACGUGAUUUGUAGCACCAUGGAUACUUUGAUGUUUGGAGCCUUUAAUAUAGAACUUAUGAAGAACACAAUACGAACACCGUCUUACUGGUGUUGUUGGAAUUAAGAAAAGUCUACGACUGACAAAAAGUACAAAUUUUCAUUUCAAUGAUUAGUAAAUGACAGAAAGAAGUGGCGCUAAUAUUCACGACUGUACCAGUUGCCUACAAUAUGAAAUCACGCUAGAUUUCGAAUGAUACCAUUCAAAUGUACCUAACCAAGCGUACAUGAACUGUUUGCUGAAUUGUGGUCCGUCCUAAGUUUUAUUGAUCUGUUGUUGUUGUUGUUGUUGUUGUUGUUGGUGUGGUGUUUUACAUGUGACAGGAUAUGAUUCCGAUAUUGUGAUAGAAAAUGGACAUGUAUUAUUUGAAAUUGUUGCUUUAUGAUUUAUGUACAUACAAAUCCUUUUUGAUUAUAGUAAUAAAUAUUAUAUUUAGUUAAAA